CGCCUAAGUGAUUAUUUUUGGUUUCCCCGUUUGAUUAAGUGUCCUAAUGUUGAUGAAGCUAACGGGCUCCGUAUGCACGUUGAAGAAGUGAAGCCUCCCCUCUGCAUAUCAACGACUGCGUCCCUAGUUCGCCACCCCGAUCAUGCCCGAGCCUUGUCCCGCGCGUUGCGUCAACCGCCGCCGCCGCCGCCGCCGCAAUCACCGUCCCCGCGCGGCAUUGGCGCGUCCCGACGGCCUCGUCGCUCGCUCAAUGGCCGAGUUGUGCGCCCGCGACCUGCGACCUCCACGUUAGAAAAAUCCUCGCCGCAGCUGGGAGGAGAGAGCGGAGGGGCUGGGAACUCCGCCUCGGGGAGCGCGAGCCGGGGCCUCUCGACCGGAGAUAGAGGCCGCACACAUCUCGGCGGCCUAUUGGCGCACGCGUGUGCGCGUGGACACGUGCGCAUGCAAGUGAAUUCGCUCGGCCGUUGA